UUUAAGAAGGGGUAUUCCUCCAACAUUUACUGUGUCUACAUGUUCUUUUCUGCAGAGAAAUGGUCAAUGCAUGGUUUGCUGAGAGAGUUCACACCAUCCCUGUGUGCAAGGAAGGCGUCAGAGGCCACACGGAAGCUUGCUCUUGCCCCUCGCAGCAGAGUCCCCGUGCAGAGAGCAGCGUCCCUGGAACACCAACCAGGAAAAUCUCCGCCUCCGAAUUUGAUCGGCCUCUUAGACCCAUCAUCGUCAAGGAUUCUGAGGGAACUGUGAGCUUCCUCUCUGACUCAGAAAAGAAGGAACAGAUGCCUCUAACCCCCCCAAGGUUUGAUAAUGAUGAAGGGGACCAGUGCUCAAGACUCUUGGAAUUAGUGAAAGAUAUUUCUAGUCACUUGGAUGUCACAGCCUUAUGUCACAGAAUUUUCUUGCACAUCCAUGGACUCAUCUCCGCUGACCGCUAUUCCCUGUUCCUUGUCUGUGAGGACAGCUCCAAUGACAAGUUUCUUAUCAGCCGCCUCUUUGAUGUUGCAGAAGGUUCAACACUGGAAGAAGCUUCAAAUAACUGUAUCCGCUUAGAGUGGAACAAAGGCAUCGUGGGACAUGUGGCUGCUCUUGGUGAGCCCUUGAACAUCAAAGAUGCAUAUGAGGAUCCUCGGUUCAAUGCAGAAGUUGACCAAAUUACAGGCUACAAGACACAAAGUAUUCUUUGUAUGCCAAUUAAGAAUCAUAGGGAAGAGGAUUGGAGGGAAUGUGUCUAGUAUUUCGGCACAGUGUUUGCUUGGGUGUAAACUGGAGGCGAGGCCAUGCAGGCAAGCUGAGGCGGGAUUGUGAAGAGUCGGCAAGUUGCCAUGCAAAAGAGGUGCUGGAUUUUUUUUUUUUUUUUUAAGCCAGGAAACAUUUGCUGUCAUUUAAAGAUCUGUGUGGCCAGAGUGUUAAGGAUGAACAGUUUUCUUUGUUUAAUCUCUAACCCAGAGCCACAUGAUUUGACAUGAUAGAUUUUGAUUUCCAUAUUUGUUCAUAUGCAGGGAAAACCCUGGGUCUGGAAGCAGGGAAGCUGAAUGGUUAUACAAGUGUUCAGUUCAGAAAUUGGUGGUAGUCAUCUCAAAUAUUGAAAGUGGGGAGGUCCUUGAAAGAUGGCAGUUUGAUAUUGAGUGUGACAAGAC